AAAGCAGGCACGAAGAAAAGCAUCGGUGCUUUUGUGGUGUUCUCCCGUGGCCGCUUCGUGUCCCAGCUGAUAUUGUGUGACAGUGCUACUUACUCUCUACGCUUAAAGGCUUUCCUCCAACGGGGACGUCAUGGGGCAUCCACCUCGACUGUUGGCGACGACCCUAGCAUGCCUCUUCCUACUGUUCGCGACUGCCGAAUCGGCCGCAAAAUGCAGCACCGGCUGUCGUGGAAUGAACCCAGUUAAAGCGUACCAAGAAGGACACACAUAUGUAUACAAUCUGGACGGAUUGUCAGUGACAUCGGUCACUGAGGCUCAAGGAGAUGCGACGCUCAAAGUGUCAGCCACUGUCGAAAUGUCUGUGAAGCCAGACUGCAUUCAUCAGAUACGACUGAAGAAUGUCCAGCUUAAUGGAGCGCCUCCAUCAACGCCGGACGUCGAGCAGUACGCAGUGCAGUUCAACUACCACGGCGGACAUAUCGACACUGAGAUCUGCGCUGAACCAGGAGACAGCCAAGCCUCCUUGAACAUCAAGAGAGCGGUCGUCUCGUUGUUCCAGUCAGCUGUCAUGCAAGAAAGCGGUUCGACGACUCACCACGAGACCGACGUGAUGGGAGCCUGCCCGACGGACUUCACGUUCCGCAAGGAGGGCGAGUCGCUGAUAGUCCAGAAGAACAGGAACCUGGCGCGUUGCGCGUUCCGCGAGAACCUGAACCAAGGACUGAUAACGGCCAGCGUGGACACUGCUGCGGGCAUCCGCACGUCACCGAUUCUGGCGUCUGAGCAAGACAUCGAGCAACGGUUCAAACAAGGGAUCCUGACUAAGGCGAUGUCCAAAGAGACCUACAAGCUCAGACCAUUCAGCAACGGCGACGCAGGCGCUAAGACUGAAGUGGAAACCACUCUCACCCUGAAGAACGACAAAUCAACCACACCGAAAGGUGCCCAACCCUCUGUCCCUAAAACUCUGAUCUUCGAAGCUCCUCAUCCGGUCGUGAAAUCCUCCGUGGACGCUAUCAGCAAGGCGCUAAAGGCUGCCAAGGCUGAAGUCGACGGAGGUGUGAAGCAGGACGCUGCUGGCAAGUUCAGCGAGCUGGUGAAGGUCCUCCGAGUGAGUAGCAAGGACGACAUUCUCUCCGUGUACCAGAAAGUCCGAGCCGGCGCUGGCUUCGACAAAAACGACCUGACGCUUCUUCUGGACGGUCUGUUCCGCGCGGCGAGCGGCGAGGUGGCGGAGGUCGGCGUGGAAUUGGUGAAGAACAAGGAGCUGAACAGCAUCCAGACGCUAUUCUUCUACACCAGCCUUGCUCUGGUGCAGCACGUGAAUCUUCCCUCAGUGGCGGCGGUAACUUCUCUGUUGGACCAGCCCAAUCUGCCUAGAAUCGGCUACUUGGGCGUUGGACAGGUGAUCGGCAAGUACUGCCAGGCGCAUUCGUGCGAGAACGUGCCUGAAGUGAAGGAGGCGGUGCACAAGAUUCGCGAGAAGGUUGGCAACGGAAAGGCGAAGACCAGGGAGCAGGAGGACCUAGUGAUCUCCGCGCUGAAGGCGCUGGGCAACACGCAGUUCAUCGACGACGCUACUUUGCAGAAGCUGGCCAACAUCGGCGCGGACAAGAACGUGAAGAACAGGGUCCGCGUGGCAGCGAUCGAAGCUCUACCCACCAGGUGCUCAAUGAAAUGGAAGAACAUUAUGUUCAAGGUGCUUGCCGACAGGGAAGAGGACGCAGAGAUUAGGAUCAAGACGUACCUGUCGCUUGUCGCUUGCCCAUGCCCCCAUGUCGCGAAUCAGUUGAAGGAGACGCUGGACAAAGAGACCGUGAACCAAGUGGGAUCCUUCAUCCAGAGUCACCUGAGGAACCUGCGAGCGUCUACCGAUCCUAACAAGCUCAACGCGAAGAACCACUUGGGCCUGAUCAAGCCGCGCACCAAGUUCCCCGAGGACUUCCGCAAGUUCUCGUUCAACGACGAAAUGUCCUACAAGAUCGACGCGUACGGCCUUGGCUCCACCGUCGAGGAGAACGUGAUCUACAGUCAGAACAGCUUCGUGCCGCGGUCGGCUGGCUUGAACGUCACCAUGGAGCUGUUCGGCAACAGCUUCAACCUGCUGGACUUCAACGCGCGCGUGGAGAACCUGGACAGAGUGAUCGAGCACUGGUUAGGACCCAAAGGCAAACUAUGGGCGAACCGCGAUUUCAAGGAACUGAAGGAGGAAGGUGCUGCCGCUGCUAAUACCAUCGGCAAUUACAUCAAAGAGAGGUACCAGAAGACGGUCCGCGGGAAGAGGGAGGUGAAGCAAGGAGAGCUGGACCGGUUCGCGAAGAACGUGCGAUUGAGGGGCAACGAGGUGGACCAGAACGUAGACGUAGACCUCUCUCUGAAGCUGUUCGGCGUGGAGCUGGCGUACUUGAGCUGCGCGUCUGAUCCUGAUAAGCUAAACCCGGAGGCGAUCAUCGACAAGAUCUUCGACCGUUUUGACAAAGGCAUCGAUCUCGUUAAGAACCUGAACUACGACCUAGAGAACUACAUGCAAUUCCUAGAAGCUGAUCUUGUCUACCCAACGAACCUGGGUACCGCGUUGUCCUUAGGGUUAAUCGGAACUAGCGCGGCCCGAGUGAAGACCAACGGCAAGCUGGACCUCCCGGCCAUCCUCCGGAACCCAGAGAAAGCCUCCUUGAAGGUAGGCGUGGAGCCCAGCGUGUCUGUCCGACUCGUCAGCCAGAUGGUGGUUCAGGGACUCGGAGCGGAAGCCGGCAUGAAAGUCGUUUCUACUGUUCACACGGCUACCAGCAGCGAGCUGUCCGUCAACAUGCUGGACGGCAAAGGCGUCGACGUCUACUUCAGCGUGCCGAAGAAGGAGCAGGAGCUCAUCAACGUGGAGAGCGAGGUGCUGAUGGGCAGCCAGGGCAAGUACGAACCGGCGAAGUUCAGCGAAGGCACGACGCACAAGGACUGUUUCGAGCAAUUCUCCACUAUCCUUGGUGUGACGGUGUGCGGAGAGAUCUCGCUACCUUACAAGGACUUAGCCAGCGCCCAACAGAGACCGAUGUUCCCUCUCAGCGGGCCGGCCAAGUUCGCCGUGUCGCUGGAGAACAACGACGUCUCCGCUUACCACUUCAAGGUCUACCUGAACGUGGACGACCCGAAGAAACGCUCGUUCGAGAUCCUGCUGGAAACACCGAAGAGCAAGACUAACCGGCGCGUCGCACUGAACGUGGACGUAGGCACAGAGCCGAACUGGUACGCCAAGGUGGCCUUCGACUCGCCGAUCAAGAGGGCCUCGGCCGAAGCGGUGCUCAAGAACAAUGCUCAGGAGCGCAGCCUGUCGGUCACUGCUGUCCACGAUCAGAUGAACUACUACGCACGCGUGGGCCUGCUGUCCAGCGGCGGCAAAUACAAACCGGUGUUGGAGUACAAGUUCCCCGAGCACCUCGCGAAGCUGGCUGGCGUGACGCCUGGCUCCCAGGGAGGUCAACAGUAUAACAUACAAGGUACCGUGGACGUGUCGGAUCACGAAGGAGGUCAGAAGUUCGUGAUGGAGAAGCUCGCUCUGUUGGUCGGCGGCAAGGAGCACCUGGUGGUCGACGGUUCCCUCGCCUGGACGCCGACGAAUGUGAAAAUAGACGCCAAGCUGGGCUACGCUGACAAGAGCCUGGACUUGAAGGUGGACGGCAAAGCGACGCCCGGUAAGAACUUCGCUCUCGCGGUCACCGCGGUACCGUCUACCGAUCCCAACAUCGGCUUCUCUCUGGACUGGAACUUCGCGCUAGAGAAGAACUCCAUGGAGAACAAGCUGGUAUUCGUCCACGGACCCGACCCGAAGUCCGAGGUGAACCGUUUGACGCUGGAGCAGAGCGCUACCUACAAGAUAGACCCCGUGGAUCUGAUCCUGGCCACCGAGAACGAACUGAAGUACGCUCCGCUGAACUUGAAACUGAAACUUGACGGCAAGGUCGCCAGCAAAUCGGUCAGCGGCGACGUUGAGGUGUCGUACGAGAAGUUCAAAAUCGGCGGCGAGCUGUCCGCCAAGGUCGACAUGAAGACGCCAGGCGACUACGAGCUGGAGCUGGAAGCCGAGCUGAUGCAGAACAGCGUGGAGCUCAAGUCGAAGCGCACCGUGCUCGAGCCGCACAAGAGCAAGUUCGAGAACUCGCUAGUGUUGUCUCCAGGCGGCAAGUACAGCGCCGACACCACCGUCACGUACGACGUCAGCAAGAACAACGUGAACGUCCAGCUGGACGGUGACGCGAACCUGGACGGGAAGAAGGUGAAAGUGGACACCGGCCUGGAGGCUAACCCGCAAGCCGUCAACUCGCGGGCGCUGGUUAAAAUGAACGGUGUCAAGUAUCUAGAGUUCACGCUGACGGCGAAGAAGACGCCCAAUCCUAGUGGCAACAUGGACCUGAACGUGAAGAACUACCUAAUGGCGAACGGACAGUUCUCCUAUCAGAACGGCAAGGGCAACAUGAACCUGAACGUCGACGUGCCGAAGAUCAACCGCAAGAUCGAAGCCACUGGCCAGCUGAAGGUGCGAGGAAUGGAACGAGUCGGAUCGGUCGAGGUGCUCUACGACGCUGGGAAAGACCGCAACAAGAAGCUUAAACUGUCUACUACUACCGUGGUGAAGAAAAACUCUGUGGACUCGUCGAACCUGUUGGAGUUGAACGAUCAGAAGCUCCAGGUGAACGGCAAAGGCAGUCUCCACGGAACGUUCAACGAAGGUUACCUGCAGUUGGACCUGGACGUGACGCUGCCGAAUGGACGGCUCGUCACUUACAAGGUCAAGAGGAAUGCAACGAAGGAGGACAAGAAUUGCGGUAUCACGGUGAACGCGGAAUUAGGAGACAGCGAGCAGAAGGAUGGUCCGACCAGGAAGCUGCAGUACGACGCGAUCAUAAUGUCCGUGUGCAAAGAUCCGCUCGAGUUCGAGUCGGUGCUCACGCUGAAGAUGAUUGACACCGAAGGAAAGGACAUAGCGGGUACCUUGAAGCUGAAGAACCUCAAGACGGAAAACAUAAAGGAAAAUGGCAUCAGUGUGCAACUCGAGGGAGCGAAGGUCCCGAAGAAGUUCCAGUGGACUGUGCACACGUACAGGGGGGAUGAGGAUUUGGAGUACAAUACCGACGCUGCUUGGGGCGAUGACUUGAAGAUGGCGAGCAAAGGAAGCAUAAACCGCGGCGACAGCGUCGACAAGCCAUGCAAGGCGGACAUUUUGGUAGACAUGAAGCUGCCUAGCAAGACCCUGAGCGACCUGAAAUUCGCUUUCAACCGCGAAACGCUGCUGGCCUUUGAGAAAGAAGUUUUAAGGGACACGACGAGCAUGAAUUUGAUGUACAACAAAGACAAGGUCUGGAAGAUGGAGGACGAUUGGAGAGUAUCAGGACUGUCGAUACCAGAUAAGCCCAGCGAGGGCAAGGCAGCAUUGACCAUCAACAUUCUGGACUACCCGCAAUGGAAACUGGAUGGCAACUACAAGUACCACCCCACUGAUGAGAAGAAAACCGCCGACGUUGACCUUAAAGGCUACUACGGUGACCAGAAGUUCGAGCUUCAGUCCAACAACGUGUACCUGCCGGACACGUCCACCGUCAAGAUGAACAUCAAGAGCGUGCUGCCAAUGGAGAAGCUGCGCAACGUCGAGAUGCAAGUCGACUACAAGAGAGACAAACCGGAGAACAAGAUAACCACGGACGUUGUUGUUACCGCCGACGGCACCAAAUACACCCUGAACAGCGGCGUUCAACGACAGGAAACGAGUGGCCACUUCUUUGCCAUUCUAACCACCCCGCAGGACAAGACCGAAGUGAGCGGCAAGUUCCAGAGACUUAGUCCGAAGGAAUACAAAGGCGAAUGGAAGAUCUCCACGCCGAAGGGUUUCGUCGUCGCGGACGUUCAAGCGGACUUGGACGACGCCGAAAACUUCAUGAUCGAGGCGAACUUCGACAGCGACAAGAUCAAGCAGCGCAAGAUUCACGCGUCGAUCGCGAACAAGCCGACCGGGAAAGCUGAGAAGAGGAUCCUGAUCACCGUGACCAGUGACGGAAAGAACAUCGUAACCGGAAGCACGAGCUACAAGAAACGCGAGGAGGACGGCAAGAUCGUGGUCGAGGGCAACGGGAACCUGCAAGUCGGCGACAACACCAGGAGCUCGUCGUUCAAGUACACGCGGCAGCAGCUGACCCGCGAGAAGGACGGCGAGGUCGGCGUCGCCAUGAUCCUGAACGCGAAUUUCGGCCCCUCGGCCAUCGUCGGAGAGCUGAAGCUCACGAACAAGGAGCUGCACGUGUUCAACAGCUACUGCGAGCAGAACAAAGACUGCGCUCACUUCAAGCUGCAGUCCACCUUGGACCUGCAACCGGAAAAACCGUCACUCAAGCAUCAAAUAACGGUGGAGGUCGAUCUGAAGAAGUUCAACGUGCCAGCUGAGUUUGGGCUGAAGACGAACACCGAUUACAAGCAACUUUUGUUAGACCACACCACGAACCUGUACCUACACUCGUCGAAGGACAAGUCGGAAUACACUUAUCAGCUUUACGUUCAUCCUAAGGACGCAGCCUCCAUUUUGACGCUGCCUUCCCGUGAACUGGCAGUGACCGCUACCUACGACCUGCCGAAGACCAAAUACACCGGAGCCUACAAAUUGGACCUGUCGGUUUACCUCGACAGAAAGAAUAAGCCAUCUGACAAGACCAGUCUGACCGCAGUUGGAGACGUGAACAUCGUAAAGAACAGCGUCGCCCUGCACGGAGAGACGAAAUUCUCGUAUCCAACACAGCCGAAGAACAUGGUGGUGAAAGGAACUCUGAAUGUCGGCGAGGAACGCCUGCUGCACGCCAACCUGGAGGUCGACGUCUUCGAGAAGAAGGCGCAGAAGAUCUCGAUCACGGCGGACGUGCAACGUCAUCCGAUAGGCGGCGGCAACAACGUGACCAGCGACAUCCAGGUGCACAGCGUCGGCCAGAAGUUGAAGCUCAGCCUGAACUCAUGGGCGGCCUACAGCGACAAAGAGGUUGGAGCCAGUAGCUACUUCACGUACAACGAUGUGCAUCAAAAACCAAAAUCCCUGGGCGGCCUGGCCCGAGCAAAUUGGAACGGUGCUGACCUGCUGCUCACUCUGCCUGACCAGGAAUUGAUCAGAGAACAAUGGAAGAUAGACGUGUCGAAGGACGCUGUGAACAUCCUCGGGGAACUGAGCUUGCUAGGCGAGCCGGCUGAGGUGUUGAAGUUCGAGUCCAAGGGACUCAACAGCUUCAAAGCCACGAUGUACAGGCAAGAUAACCCGAAGGAGAAGGUAGUCGUCAACGGUCAACUCGUGUUGGGUCAGUUAGCCGAGGUCCAUGCUAAUAUGUACGAAGAUAGUGCCAAGAAAGAGCUCUUCCGCGUGUUGCUACAUCUCGACGAGAAACAGUUCCUGAAACCGGACUUCAGUUAUGACAAGGAGAACUUGAUGAAAGUUUGGAAAGAUGAAGAGAAAAGGGCCAGCGAGCUCAAGAAGAAGAGCUCCGAAGUCGGCGAGCGCGCGAUGAAACAUUUGACAGAAGAAACCGGUGACCUUACGCAACACUUGAAGAAAGCACAGCCAAACUUGCAGCCACUGUUGGAUUACUAUCAGGGCGAGCUGAAGAAACUCGAGCAAGAGAUCAGCGCUGAUGAAACUGUCAAAGCGAUCGAGGCUACUCUGAAACAUUAUUUCGGCGGCAUCGCCUCCGUUAUCCACAAGGCCAUGAAGAGUCUCGCGGAGAGCUUGCAACAGCUGCAGAAACGACUGAACGACAUGCUGAACAACUUGAAGGAGGAGUGGAAGUCGGUUUACCCGGUCCUGCAGACUUAUUACCAGAAGAUAUUCGAACAGUUCAUGGAGAUCCUGGAAGCGCUCGCUAAACUCGGCAAGGCGUGCCUGGAGGCGCUCCUCGAUCUGAUAAACUCGUACCAAAAGGAGCUGCAGGAUGUGAUGAGCGUUAUCAGCAGCUUGACGCAGGACCUGUCCAAGACCGUCACGAAGAUCCUGGAAAAAUUGAAAGGCGACAUCGAUGAAUUCACGUCCAUGCUGUCCAAUCAGUUGAAGGCUUUGUCGAUUUACGAUAUGGCGAAGGAGAGGUACGAACAGUUGAAGAACUGGGAAGUCCCAGAAUACCUUCUGGGUACCGUCAAGGAAAUUUGCAACCUUUUGAAGAACUCCGCGCCUACUAUGGAGGUCCGGCUACUCGUCGAAGCCACCUGCGAGUACUUCGGCAAGCUUUUGAAACAAGAAAAGGUCGACACGACGGCCGAGCUGAAGAAACUUUACUCGCUCGCGGUACCCGCGAUCCGAUCCGUCAUCUCCGCGGUGCAGAAGCAGGUUACAUGGGGCGACGUCCCAGUCGGCGGUUCUGUCCGAAUCCCAUCACUCCUUGACCUCAGCCUUCUCUCUAAGCUCCCGGGCAUCUUCACUUUACGCGUUUCCGCUAUGAAUCUGUUGCGCAACGGAGAACUGCCAACGCUUUUGGACCUGUACUAUACAUACAGGCCAACGCGUCACCUGAGCGACCUGGUCCCGCCGUUCAGCAAAGUGGGUAUCGUCACCGACGGAGGACACUUCUUUACGUUCGACGGCCGCCACAUGACCAUGCCUGGCACCUGCACCUACAUCCUUGCCCAGGACAUGCAAGACGGCAACUUCUCGAUCGUGGCUAACUUCAACGAAGGCAACCUGAUCAGCGUUACCAUCACCGAGCCCAAGGAGAGCAUCACCCUCAAGAACAACGGAAAUAUUCUGGUGAACAACAAACCUGCCGAUUUCCCGGCGAGCACGAAGAACCUGCACGCUUACUUGGUCCCGCCGUUCGCCAGCGUGAAAUCCGAUUACGGAGCGCGUAUCUCGUGUUCCGAUGAGAAGCCGAUGAUCUGCGCCGUCCACGUUUCCGGUUUCUACCUGGCCAAACUGCGCGGUCUCUUCGGCGACGGCAACAACGAGCCCUACGACGACUUCACUCUGCCCUCUGGAAAGAUUACCGACAGUGCAUCUGACUUUGGAAACGCAUACAAGCUGAAGGAUGACUGUCCCGCUGCAACUGCUGUCCAUCAUAAAGACCGUGCUCCAGUUUGUACAGACUACUUCGCUAGCCAGAGCUCUCCCCUCAAGUCCUGCUUCAACUAUGUCAACCCGAGUUCGUAUCGUGACGCCUGCGACCACGCAGUCGCCGCUAACACGGCUGGAGGAGCUUGCUUGAUCGCGACGGCUUACCACUAUACCUGUUACGAGGCUGGCCUCUUAAGUACCACAAUACCGGCAGCUUGCGGGAACUGCAAAGCUGGUGCAGCGACCGUGGACAUCGGUGACGCCUUCAGCGUGAAGAUUCCCAAGAAAGAGGCCGACAUUGUCAUUGUAGUCGAACAAGUGCAGCCGAACGAGAAGAUCAUCAAGGAUAUGGUCACACCUUUGAUAACCGAGCUCAGGGACGAAUUGAAGCAGCAAGGAAUGACGGAUGUGCGCGUUGGACUCAUUGGGUUCGCCGAUAAGAUGAAAUGGCCGCAACACUACACGCUGAACGGGGACACCAACAUCAACGGCGAAGUGAAGAACAUGAAGUUCUACGAGAAGACGCCAACCGUCAGUUUCGAGGAGACGGAAAAAGCAAUUUUGGAUAUGGAUAUAACGCAGGAGAGCAUCACCAAUUCUCUUCAGUACUUGCGCCAGAAAUUGGACGUUGAGCUGGGCACCAUGAAAUUAACCGACGCUUAUCAGGAAGCCGUGCGUUAUCCCUUCAGACCUGCCGCGGCUAAGGCUGUUAUCGGUGUGCACACGAACAUCUGCGAGAAGAGCCCCCUCCCUAUCUCCCUUCAGCAGAUAAGGCUCCUGUUGGGACUGAAAACUUAUCGCGAUCUCGGGCUCACCUAUUACCACAUGUUCUACCCCAAAGAGCUCCUCGUAUCGGGCAAGCCGCAGAAGAAUAUCGUCGGGUACGACCAAGAUAGCGCGUACACGUUCGCUGACAGCAAAAAGAAGCCACUCACCGGAUCCACCGACAUGAAGAACGAUCUCACCGUCUCGACCACUGACGUCUGCGCUGACUUCGCGGUUUCCACGGGCGGAGCGAUGUUCAGUUUAGACAACUUCCUGGACGCCAAGCCGCAUCAGAAGAAGCAAUUUAUCCAAGUGGCCGCCAGGAGGGUUGCCGAUGGCCUCGCUAAUUUAGAACUCGAGAAGGAUUGCUCGUGCGAAUACCAGUACGGUGUCAUUGGGCGUUCUCAGUGCAAAAUUGUCGGCCGCAAAGACAAGGAACUCGCGAGACACAGCAAGGGAGGAGUGAGAGGUUAAACGAGUGGAGAAAGAAAUAAAGAAAGAGAGAGAGAGAGAGAAAGAGAGUGUCAAGCUCUACCAAUUAAUUUAGGUGUACUGUAUUUUGUUACUUGAUCGUAAUACGUCAGGCGUUAUUUUAAUACUUUGUAAGCGGCCAGAUCCUUCGAGCUCCCAGCGUGGCGCGGGCUCGUUCAAUGGAACAUGCGAGUACCGAAAACAACGAGUCUAUCUUUUUUUGUAUAUCCGAACAUUCUCAGUCGAAAUAAAGAGGAGAUCGCGUGAACCUUUGCACUCGCCACCCUCGCGUUUCUUCGUCGAUCACGAUUUUCUGGAACGUGCCGCAUGCUCGUCUGGAGCGUACGAUUAACCCUAAUCAUACCACGAUGUGAAAAAUAUUAUUGAUUAUAAUAUAAUAUUAUUGAUUAUAUAUCGAUUCAAAUAUUGUUCUCGUUUAUAGGGCCGAAAUUUUCAAAGCCAACAAAAACUUUUGGAAUUGCAAUAGGAGAUAGUCAAGAAAUUUAAGUAAAAAGUUCAAAUGUGACGCAAAGUCGCAUCGCGGUCCAAUUAGGGUUAAAAGGGGAAAAGUUCGAAAUUGAAAGCAAACGAUGGAAGUACAAUAGAACCUCGAUACUUGUAGGAUCGUGUAUGGUUCGAGUUUUACUGUCUGAGAAUCCGAAUGAUUGAGUACCGAUUUAUAUAAAAUUCUGGGCAAUCUAUCGAUCGAGGAGGAUAGUUCGGUAAAUCGAGGUGAAUGAUUGUUAACUCGGUUAAUUGUUAAAGAGUAUUCGUUGGAUUAACUCGGUCAACUAUUUUAUUAGCUCGAUCGAUUAUUAACCUCUUGCUUUGUAAUAUCGUGUCGGACUCGCGGUGAAGAGUUUGAAAAGAAUUUAACAAGCAUGAAUAUUAUUCAAUUGUAAAUUUAAACAAAAUAUUAUUCGUCUGUUAUCAAUUAUUAUAGUUUAG